CCGUGUGUAGAUUCACAUUUUUCAAAUUUUAAAUGACAAACAAAUGGUCAUGUUGUCUAGUUUGUGUACCGCCCUUUGAUAACAUUAGCGCUAGCUGUUUUUUUUUAAUGAUAAGUGUUUAUAUGAUGUUUUGCAAUAUCACUGUGCAUUUAUUUACAAGCGCACAACGGAUUGUAUUUCUUCGUUGAUGCAAAAAAUAUCUUGAGAUAUCGGAACGGAGUUUUAUAACGAGUGAAAGCAUUAUAUUUAUAAUUUGAUAUACUCGUGAUAAAAAGGAUUUACAGCUAAUAAUCGUCAGUUAAAUUUUUGUCUGCUAAACAAAUAAUAUAUUUUUUGAAGAAUUUUUAUAAUUUUGAAUGCACUUUAUACACGUACGUUUAUAGAAGACAAUAUGUUUUAGAACUACCAGUAGGUUAAACAUUACAAUGCACACGUCAAUAUAGUGCAGAUAAUCAGGAUGCAGGAUCACGUAACUUUGUGGGGCUCUCUCUUUCAACUUUAAUGUAUGUAUACACGGCGAUGACCGCCCUGAGCCUGUGGCUACUCGUUGCGCUGCUGGUUACAGUCUGUACACCUUCGCUGGGACUUAAGCCCCAGACCGCCGAGCAGCAACGGCGUAAAGAGCUGCUGCGAACAGAGCUGGACACAUGGCUGGGAACAUGCAAAGGAAGCUACAGUAUGAAGGCGAUCGGUGCAACAAAGGUCGCAGUGUCAGAAGUCAAGGUUAUACGACACGGUGUAUGCAGAAAAAUUGCUAAUGGCACGUUCGAAAACGGUAAGGGAAAGAUACGUGUUGAGAGCUCGCUGCAUGUGGCGAAGAAAUCAGACGACUACGUCACAAACAUCACGUGGACGUACUCGUCCAAAGAUGCGACCAUUCCUGGGCGGUUCGUCGUUGCGUUGGAUUUCGUCGACUACAAAACGUACGCUGACCUGAACAGAGUCUGCAUCGUGUUCAACAUGACCAAAUCCAAGUCGAUUGAGGAAAAUGUAUCACUGAUGUUCCAUUUGGACUGCAUUCCUCUUGUGAACACGCCGGAUGUGCUGAUGGACGUGCAAAUCUGGAGUAUUUUGAAGGGCAAGUUCUCCGAUAGACGGUGUCCCCGGAAACGCCGCGAAGUGUCGCUCGAUCCCAGCAGCAAAGUCUGUGAGACUAUCGCUUGCUCCGAUACAAGGAGUAUACCAAUCUCGAAAAGCUCUCACAAGGGGGGAAUAUGCGCGUGCUUCCGGGAGCGUCACGGGAAGCCCGUUCUGACCUGGACUCACGACCCGGCGAGUCGAAAGUUUAACAUAAGCCUCACCAACAUCCCUCCUUACCUCGAAGGUGUCGAAAUUGAAAUCGUGAACAGCAAUAACACCGUGUAUCAUGAAAUUCUGAAAAAGGUCAAAAAUGAUGUAUUUGUAUUUGGUACGAAUAGCCUCAUGGCGACCUCUUACAAGUCGUAUCCAACGGGGAACUACUCUGUCGUGUUGAGCGGCAAGUGUCCUGCGGAGUCCCUUUCACAUUACCACUUCUGUUCUGCGCAGGAAGAUGUCUUCGUCAUAUUCCCUCAGUACAUCGUGGUGGAUGACCCAGCGCCCCCUCCUCAGUUUCCCCCAGCUUCUGUUGUUACCAUAGCAACGGUGGUAGGUGGUGUCGUCGUGAUAGGCCUCAUCACCAUCGUGGUUUUCUACUACUGCAAAUGUCGCCGUAAGGGAGCCAACCUUCCUUCUAGUGGGCAUGAGCCAUUCAGCACAGAACUCGUAGAGAUGCCGCCUUCCAGUCUGAACAACACGGACGGUCACGUGACUGGAAUAGAAGAAGACCAAACAGGCACCACUGAAACGGAAAUGACCGCGUAUGAGGAGGGUAAGAGGUUAGAGGUGACCCAACGUCAGCCACUGCUGAGCGAUAUUCAAAGCACUAGAGACGGAAAAUAUGAUGCCGCAGCUAAUUGUGGAUCCGAUAAACCACAACACGAAACAAUUUCAACACAUAACCAUUGUCAGACACAUGCCAUAAAAAACUGGGAGGUCAGUAGGUCAGGGGUUACUGACCUUCAACGUUAUCAAGAUAGAGACGAAACAUAUUAUGUCGGAAAACACGAUGGAUCUGAAAAUCUUCGCCCUCCUUUUGGACACAGAACAAUUCCAACAGAGUCAACAGAGUACGGUUAUCAGACAAAUGUCGUUAAGCACGUGAUCGGGUUAUCGUACCGCGAAACUGAUGAUGACGUGUUCUGUACAAAGAAAGAGAGACUCUUGUACGAGAUGCGGCGGAAUGGUUUGGUGUUUGGUCACUUUUCCAAGCAUACUUUUGCUGAACGAGCAUCGCACUCAACGCAGCACACUGACAUAGUGAUAAUCGUGUCCAAAGGAAUGAACGCACUGUGCUCCCCUUUGCGAGCACAGCAACAGGAAUGGGACCACGAUAAUUUACCGAAAACUGUGUUAUUUGAACUGCAGCAUGCAAAAGUGGGGGAAUACGUCGUCCAUUUAGUCUCACUGGAACAUGAUCGUUGGGAGGGCGAGAGACUGUUGUCAGAGUUCAGGGGCUUCCUCGUGUACCCUAAACAGCCCGAGGGUCGUUUCAUAUAUGAUUACAAUUUCCAUGGCAACGAAUUUGAUUUCUUCAGAGGAACGCCUUUUGAGGAUUUUAUUAAUAAACUGUUAACAUAAAGCACAGAUAAUCCAGGUAUUUUUUCCAAUAGACAUGCCGCAAAAAUUCUUAACUUCAUGAACAAAAGUAAAUAGUGGUAAUUUAAAUCAUUUUUCUUCAGUAGAUGCAAUCCUGAAUGUCUAUCACGUUUAUUAAAAGAAUUAUAGCAAAUAACAAAAAUCAUCAUAUUUUAUCGACAUCCUUAAUAAUAUAGAAUACUUACCGGUAAUAUCAUUUUCGUAAUUCUUAACAUUCGUAAUGGUGGGACAUUCAAUGCGUUAUUCUGAUCAGGUCGUGGUAUCAUUGUUGUUUUAUAUCAAAUAAGAAAUACAGAUAUACAUUUAACCAAAAAUAGCAUAGAGUCUCAUUUAAUAUUUACUUAAAAUUUUAUAUUUUAGUUAUCUUUACCUUUACAGGUAAAUAUCUCAGUAUUAGUUCUUACCUUUUUAUAUCAUUCUUGUGUUUGUUUACUUUGCAUUUUAUACUAUAGACAUAUACACAUAUAAUUGUGCUUUAUAUAAUUUAUUAUUUUCAUUUAAAAUGUGCACAUUAUCAUUUGUAUAUAUUUCAACGUAUAUACCUCACCAUUCUUACACGAACAAUCGUAAAGGCAUAGGCAUUAUUUUGUUGAAUUAGAUAACAGUUUAUUUUUUUUAUUAUGCUCGUUUGUAAAAAUAAUUAUGUUGAAGUACACUUGAUCUUGAAACUAGAAAACUAUUUUACACAAAUUUAAACUUAAAUGCGUCAAUUAUUUAUUUUUAUUAAAAUUGUACUUUAAAUUUCGAUUUUGAAAACUGAUUACCAUUCAAUUGUUAGUAUGAGUAACAGAUCCGUUCUUCUGUUGUAUUAAAUUUAAGUUUAAAUCGAUAUUUUCAAAAAUGUUUUUCAUAACAUUCCUGCACAAACUUAACACAACAUCACGUAAUUAAGUGUAAUAUAUCACGCCGUUUUACGCCGUUUUCAAAAAAUGUUUACUGUUUAUAAAACUGAUGACCAUUCAAUUGUAAGUUUGAUAAACACAUUCUUUCUGCUCUUGUAUCAAAUUAAAAGUGUUACCGAUAUUUUCAAAAAUAUUUUUUGCAUUACAUAUAUUAAAAACAAGAUCAUGUUUCUAUAAUAUCAUGUUUCACGCCGUUUUCAGAAAAAAUAUAUGUCUGUGUUUGUGUGUGCGUAUUUUUUGUUAUUAUUUACUGUAUGUGUGUCAAAAUGUCUCUGCUAUAUAAGUUAUCGGGUAAUUUUGCAAUAUAAUAAUAUGCUAUAACUGUAAUGUCUCGUGCUCAAACGCGAAUGGUCAGGUUAUAAACUCGCACUUCGCUCCCGUCACCUUGUAAAUGAGCCUCGUUCUGGGAAAAGGGUCUAAAGCACGUAAAGUGGUGUCCCAUAAUAGCCUGUCAGGCUGUGUAUUUCGCACAGGCUAUUCAGGGAAGACACUUUAUGUCAAUAAUGGAAUUUCGUUGAGAAAAGACUUCGUUUAAACUAAAAUUUCCGUAUGAGUGGACAGUGUCGUGCCUGAUUAGCCUGUGCGGACACAGGCUUAGGCCGGGUUUCCAUGCAUCCGUGUCCGAGCUCCGCGUCCGCGUUCCGUGUCCGCGUUCCGUAUACGGACACGGAGUAUCGUUUCCAUGCAUCCGCUUAUUAUUUUAGCCUUUCCGUGUAAAAAAAAUCAUUCCAAACGUGUUUGAAAUAUAUACUGUGUCUUUUGAAAAGCGAUUAUAGAGUGUACAAUAUGCAGACGAUAUAUAUUCGCAUAUUACUAUUCUCACUUACCUGAAACGCCAUCAAUUGACAUUUCGUUGGCUAUGCUUUUCCAGAUGUUUGAUGCAAUUUCUUUGUCUUUGUAUUCUUUUAUACGUUGGUUGUAUAUUUCAGGGUGAUCCCUUGCUAAAUUUAUUAUUUUUUUCACUAAAAUCUAUGCUUGAAAGUCGGCCUUUCAUGUUGACUGAGUCCGCGUCCGUGAAAAAUCGCUCACUGAGCGAUUUUUCACGGACGCAAUACGCGGACGAAAAAUGCGGACACGGAACGCGGAUACAUGGAAUCGCUCCAACAGAUUUCAACCAGUUCGUUUUUUCGCGGACACGGACACACGGACACGGAACGCGGACGCGGAGACAUGGAAACCCGGCCUUAUUCUAGGUAGACUCUUAACGCACAUGUAUUAGGACUGAAUUUCCUACAACGAGGCUCAACUGUUUCAUUAGUGCUGGCCACUUCCUCAUUAUGUUUGCUGCUCAGUUUUUAAAUGCAGAAAUAUGUAUUUAUUUAUGAUCGUUUAUAAUGCAAUAUUCAUAUACUGAAACUCGCUCAUUUAUGUGUUUACUGAUAAAAUCUAUUAGUACAGUAUAGGAGAAAUCAUCAAAAACUAUCGGCAUGAAGUUUAAAAUAACCAUCUUCAAUUGAACAGAAAUAAACUUACUCAAAACACUAACAAAUGGUCCCUAUACUUAGCAAUACAAUACUGGUUUGUAACGUUGUGACCAAUAUUUAAUAAUAACAAAUACUUUCUCAAUGUUCAUUUUGUAUUUUACAUUGUUAAGUUCAAUUUUCCUUGUUUUAAUAUAGUUUUAAUUUGAGUGUCGUUAAAGAAAUACGUUGAUUCGCUUUUUGACAUACCCGGUUUUCGGUAAUGUUUUGCGCACACCAUUUAAAUUACGCAUGUGUGUUAUAUUAAUAAGUACAUGCUGAUGUUAUGCGUAUUCGUUCUACCUUCUUCUGCAAGCGGUAUGUUUGCAAACUUCGUUCAAAACCCUGCUACGAGUCUUGUCAAUAUAAUUUAAUGUGUCCAUUGCACGAUUUAGAAUCUCGCUGAAAACAUACAUGUUUUUUUCAUAUUUUUUGUUGAAAUUUCUACAGCUCAGUAAUAAACAAUAAUACGAUUGAGAAGUACGUGGAAUUUCAAAGUUAUCAUUAUGGGACAACUUAGAGACUCUUCUAAGUAAAAAAACAAUAACAACGCAUCGCGAUUUUACUUAAUAUAAAUGUUUAUAAAUUUCUUUCUUUUUUUGCUGAUGUUGAUGUUAACAUCCAUAUGUAUCGUUUAUGUUUGUAUUUAUCUGAACCCUUGUUCAUAUAUAGUUAUAUUGUGUUUUGAUCUUCGUAUCUUGUAUAUGGAGGAAUAAAAGUAAAUAUAUAAAGAUAAAACAAUUAUAUUUUUGAUUAAAUUUAUUGAGGUAUUUUAUAGAUAUAGUUGAAUGUCUUAUACUAAUGGUUCGAUAUCGAUGCGCUAUAAUGUAUUUAUAUUUUUUUAUUGCUUUUGUCUCUGUAACACAUGUAAAUAACAAUGUCCAACGAAGUUUGUGAUAUUAUAAUUACAUUAUCACAUUAUAGUUCCAUAAAACCUUUUUGUCUUUUUAUAAACUGUAACUUUAUGUUGACUCU